GGCUGUUGAGGAGCUGUCGUGCAGAGUCGCUGCUCGAUGAAGGAAAAACGCCUUUUAGGAAGUAAAACCUCCAUUUCUGUCUUAGAUUAUUAAACAUUUCCUCACAAUAAAAGACGAUGGCGCAGUGGUGCCAGCUGCAGAUGCUGGACUGUAAGUACCUGGAGCAGGUGGACCAGCUGUACGACGACUCGUUCCCCAUGGACAUCCGACAAUACCUGAGCAGGUGGAUCGAGAGCAUCGACUGGGACACAGUGGCGAUCCAGGACUCGCUGGCAACCGUCCGUUUCCACGACCUUUUGGCUCAGCUGGACGACCAACACAGCCGCUUCGCCCUGGAGAACAACUUCCUGCUGCAGCACAACAUCCGCAAGAUCAAGAGGAACCUGCAGGACCGGUUCCAGGAAGAUCCGGUCCACAUGGCGAUGAUCAUCUCCAGAAACCUGAAGGAGGAGCAGAAGAUCCUGGCCAAUGCAAAGAGUACAGAGCAGGAAAGCGAGGGGACGGUGUCGGCCAUGGUGGUGGAGAAGCAGAAGCUGGACAACAAAGUGAAGGAGAUGAAAGACAGAGUGCAGGUUGCCGAUCAAAAUAUCAAGAAUCUAGAAGACCUGCAGGAUGAGUACGACUUUAAAAUCAACACGCUGAAGAACAGAGAGAAUGAAAUGAACGGCAUGACGCCAAAGGAGCUGGAGAAAGAGAAGAUGGUGGUGGCGAGGAUGUGCUUCGAGCUCAAAGGCAAACGACAGGAUGUGGUGAACCAGCUGUCCGAGCUGCUGACCGUCACUCAGGCUCUACUGUCGGACCUGAUCUCCGAGGAGCUGCCCGAGUGGAAGCAGCGGCAGCAGACCGCCUGUAUCGGAGGUCCGCCCAACGCCUGCGUGGACCAGCUGCAGAACUGGUUCACAGCAGUAGCGGAGAGUCUCCAGCAGGUCCGACAGCACCUGAAGAAGCUGACGGAGCUGGAGCAGAAGUUCACCUACGACUGCGACCCCAUCACUCAGAAGAAAGGAUACCUGGAGGCUCGAGCUCUGGAGCUCCUCAAGAACCUCCUCUCCAACUCUCUGGUCGUAGAGAGGCAGCCCUGCAUGCCCACCCAUCCGCAGAGGCCCCUGGUGUUGAAAACAGGCGUCCAGUUCACCGUAAAACUCCGGUUUCUGGUGAAGCUGCAAGAGUUUAACUACCAACUCAAAGUCAAGGCUGUGUUUGAUAAGGAUGUUACAGAAAAGAAAGGGUUUCGGAAGUUCAACAUUUUGGGAACGAACACCAAAGUGAUGAACAUGGAGGAGUCGAACGGCAGCCUGGCAGCAGAGUUCAGGCAUUUGCAACUGAAAGAACAAAAAGUAGCCGGGAACAGAACAAAUGAGGGUCCUCUGAUCGUCACCGAGGAGCUCCACUCGCUCAGCUUCGAGUCCGAGCUGCAGCUCAACCAGUCGGGACUCGACAUCAAGCUGGAGGCCAUGUCUCUGCCGGUUGUCGUCAUCUCCAACGUCUGCCAGCUGCCCAGCGGCUGGGCCUCCAUCCUCUGGUACAACAUGCUGACCACCGAGCCCAAGAACCUGAAGUUCUUUCUUUCCCCGCCGGCAGCGAAGUGGUGUCAGCUGUCUGACGUCCUCAGCUGGCAGUUCUCCUCCGUCACCAAGCGAGGCCUGAGCCAGGAGCAGCUCAACAUGCUGGCGGACAAGCUGCUCGGAGCCAGAGCUCAGAGAAACCCGGAGGGUCACAUCCCCUGGACCAAGUUCUGCAAGCAGCAGAGUGCUAACGAGAAAGCUUUUCCCUUCUGGUUGUGGAUCGAAGGCAUCCUGGAUCUGAUUAAAAGACAUCUGCUUUCACUCUGGAACGACGGCUCCAUCAUGGGUUUCCUCAGUAAAGAGAGGGAAAAGGGUCUGCUGAGCGAUAAGUGUCCGGGAACCUUCCUGCUCAGGUUCAGCGAGAGCAGCAAAGAAGGAGCGAUCACCUUCACCUGGAUCGAACACGACGUGCACCUUAAGCCCAUCUACCACUCGGUGGAGCCGUACACAAAGAAGGAGCUCGGUGCCGUCUCGCUGCCCGACAUCAUCCGCACCUACAAGGUGAUGGCGGCUGAGAACAUCCCAGAGAACCCGCUCCGCUUCCUCUUCCCCAACAUCCCAAAAGACAAAGCGUUCGGGAAGUACUACCCCAAACCCUCCGAGACUCCGGAGCCGAUGGACGUGGAGAACACAGAGAAGAGCGGCUACAUGAAGACGGAGCUCAUAUCUGUCUCAGAAGUACAUCCGUCCAGACUGCAGGACAACAUGAUGCCGAUGUCACCCGACGACUACAAGGUGCUGGAGCAGUACGUCGGCCCGAGAGACAUCGACGCUGUGUUUCAGACCGACAGUCUUCUCGCACUCGCAGGAGAGUUUGACGAUCAGAUGAGCGCUGACAUUUAGAGCAAAGCUGAGGCCUCACUUCACGGAUCUCUUCAUUAUAAUACUGUAUUUUGUGUGUUCUUGAUCAUGUAAUACUCUACUCAUGGUAGUCAGUAGACCAAUCAGCUCACAUGAAUAUUGUAGAAGCAAGUUUUCUUCCUGUUGUUGUGUACAUACGUCCCUUUUUUUUAUUAUCGAAUGUGAAAAUGAACUAUCCUUUACAGUACAUCCUGGCUGUAUAACAGUGGAUUUUAAGACUAUGAUUCUAGCUCCUCCUGUGGCUUUACUUUGUAGCAGAAAUACUAUGAAAAUAAGAUGAUUUAUAGGAAAUUAUAUAUGGUUUUAUGUCUCUGAAAAAAUCUCUCUGUCUGUUUUCUGUUGCACUCAACAUAACAUUUUAUUUAAACUUUAUCAUUAUGUUUUAAGUGCUGUGACAGUGGACCUGCUGGAGCAAUUAAAUCAUUUAAAAACUCAA